GCAUUACACCUUCCUCUCACUUCCACACGGAGCACUGCCCCCGCUGUUAUUCCUAACGUGGAGAGCCCAUUCCGCCGCCGGGGCUUCCCAACCGGGCUCGAUUUACUGCCCUACCUGGGGAUUACUACACUCUAGUGUCGUCUGUACAGUAUACGGCAUAGACACGCGCACGUAUCGGAAUGCCACGCUUCGGUAAAGAUUGAUGUUUGAUGGCUGGGAGCCUCCAGGCUCGUGUCCGAGAUUGACACUCGACAGCGCACACUCUACGCCAAUCUCCUGAGUGAGUUCCACCUACUGCCAGAUAAAAACGCCCACAAGCUCCUGCUACACCUGCCCACCGCCAAGCCGAGCAACAUACAAAACGCCCUCAGCCAAUCGCUGGGGCUGGAACACGUUACCAUGGACACCGAGUCCACCUACUCCGGCUACUCGUACCACUCAGGCCGGUCGAGAGGAUCCCACAGACAUGGGGAGCGCAGCAGAGAGCGACACAAGUCUCGCAGUAAAGACAGCAGUCGCUCGGAGAAGUCUGUCACCAUCAAUGCUCCUCCUGCAGAGCCCCUGUUGGGAGACCAGUCCAUGCGAGGAGAUGAAACACAGGAUGACAACUGGGGUGAAACUACCACUGCGAUCACAGGCACAUCAGAGCACUCGCUCUCACAGGAGGACAUUGUGCGCAUUAGCAAAGACCUGGACGACAGCGUGGGUCUGGACUGUAAACGGUAUUUAGCCGUCUCAUUCUCUAUUAUCUUGAGUCUGCUGGUGCUCCUGACGCCACUCGCAUUCCUCAUCCUGCCGCGACUGCUCUGGCCCGAGAGGCUGCGUCCGUGCGGCACGGCCUGUGAGGGCCUCUUCAUCUCCGUAGCAUUCAAGCUGCUUAUUUUGUUGCUAGCCAUGUGGGCGCUGUUUUUCCGGCCAUCCAAGGCCACCAUGCCACGCAUCUUCAUUUUCCGAGCCCUGCUGGCCAUGCUGGCGUUCCUGCUCGUGCUCUCCUACUGGCUGUUCUAUGGAGUGCGCAUCUUGGACACACAGGAUGAGGAUUAUCAGGGAAUUGUGCAGUAUGCCGUGUCCCUGGUGGACGCACUGCUCUUCAUCCACUAUUUGGCUAUAGUGCUGCUGGAGCUGAGGCAUCUGCAGUCCUGCUUUUCGCUCUGUGUCACACGCUCUACAGAUGGAGAGACACGACAUUACAACCUGGGACAGCUCAGCAUCCAGAGAGCAGCUGUGGCAAUUUUGGAGAACUACUACAGAGAUUUCCCUGUACAUAACCCAGCACUGCUCACAGCUUCCAAAUCGCGUGCUGCCAAACACCUGGCUGGCCUCAAGGUCUACAAUGUGGACGGUCCAGGAGGCAAUAACGCUGCUGCAGCAGGAAUCUCUCAGUCCCAGUCUCGCGCCAUGAUUGCUGCCGCCGCCCGCAGACGAGAUUCCAGCCACAACGAGCUGUACUACGAGGAGGCUGAACAUGAGAGACGUGUCCGUAAACGCAAGGCCAGACUGGUGGUGGCUGUGGAAGAGGCGUUCACACACAUCCGGCGCGUACAGGAAGAGGAACAGAAGAAGUCUCCAGGAGACGUGAUGGACCCGCGCGAGGCGGCACAGGCCAUCUUCCCAUCAAUGGCACGAGCGCUGCAGAAAUACCUGCGCACAACACGGCAGCAGCACUGCCACAGCAUGGAGAGCAUCCAGCAGCACCUGGCCUUCUGUAUCACACACAACAUGACACCAAAGGCAUUUUUGGAGAGCUACCUGACCCCAGGCCCGACGCUGCAGUACGGCCGCGAGCGCUGGUUCGGCCGCCAGUGGACACUCAUCAGCGAGGCGUCAGUGAACAGCGGCCUCAAAGAUGGCACUGUCUUCCUGCUCAAGUGUGUAGACUUUAGCCUGGUGGUCACCACGAAAAAGAUCCCCUAUAUCAGGCUGUCUGAGGAGUUCAUCGACCCCAAAUCACACAAGUUCGUCCUGCGGCUACAGUCGGAGACUUCAGUGUAGGCCAGUAGCUUGUGGUAUUGUCUCUAUUUACGGUCAUUCACAACCAAAUUUUUUUCUUUGGCUUAAAAAAAAAAUCUCAGUUAUUUGGGGGUUUUGCAGUUUUAUUAUGUUGUCUUUUUAUAUAUAUAAUAUAUACAUAUAAAUCUGUAUACCACAUAUUUGAAUAUAUUUCCUUUUAUUUUUUCUUUGCUUUGUUGGUUGGUUUUUGUUUAAACUGAACGGACACAUUGAUGUUGGGUUGUGCACAAAGACACAAAUACGAUGAGGGAUAACAUGACACAAGACUCAACAUUCUACUUCUUCUUCUUAAAAAGAGACAAUCUAGAAAAAAGAAGAAGAAUAAAUACACUCGUAAGAGCCCAGUGGACCACUAAUAACGGUGGACAGACCGAUUAUAAAGCAAGACACAUCCAUUCUGCUGUUAUUCUGCAGCUCUGACGGACCAGCUGCUGGCAUCAGAGAACUCCCAGAAUGCUCCUCUUUCCACUGCAGAAUUUGGAGGUUCAAGUGGCAACCUUUUUUUUUCUACUGUAAGUGCAAACUAACUCUUGGUGCUCUUUAAAACACAUUUGGUUUGUAUUUCUGCUGAUGAUACACAACAUAAUCAUGUUUUCCAAUCUUUCUUUUUCACAUAUGCACAAUGUACAGAUGUGAGGUGUUGGUGUGUAUCUAUUGGAGUGUAUUCAGACAAGUUCCGUGUUCAGCUGGUCACAAAAUAUGAUUAUAGGUCAUUUGAUGAAA